AUGUGGGACGUGACUACUGACUUGGAGCCUGAGCUCCGGAAGGCGGAAGGCUUCUUGGCCGAAAGCAUAGGACGCGGCUUGAACCGUAUCUUCGGCACUGCUUCAAAAGCAGAGGAAGCACCAGCUGCAGUCAAGCGAAUAGUUUGCCGCGAUGACCCCAAGAAGGCCAAGAAGAUGGCAGAGACGAUCCAGUCAUGCCGGCUUGUGGUCAUCAGCCUGGCAGAUUGCACGCUGGAAGAUCUACAUUUUGCCAUCAAUGCGCUGAAAGUAGCGGCCGAUGGCGACACCCUCUGGCUUUGUUUUUCCUUUGGUGGGUGGUUGGAACUGCAGCCGCAGCCGGAACACUCGGCUUCAGAGCCCGGCGUGCUCUCGCGCCAGGGGUCGCCUCAGCGAGCAGGAAAUCCAGCCUUCAACCUCCAUGUGACUCAGAAGUCCACGUGCGCUGGAGCCACGUGUGUGCAUGGUCAUACAGUUUUUGCCGGCCGGCCUUCAAAGGCAAACGACUUGGGCAGGCCUGGCAUGGUCACAACGCCCAGCUCCUUUGACCAGAGCCUCGAAUACCUUGCGGCCGGCGCUUUGGCGACAGCAUCUCGGCCCAGACUGGAGGAUGCCGAAGGAAGCCGGUUGGCCUGCUUGUCGCCCGAAAAGCAUCCAGCAGCCAAUCCGAUGCUGGAGGCCCACCACCAGGGUGUCAUGGAAAGGUUGCUCUGCCUCCUCCCAGGAUGGGUCCGGCAGUUAGCCCGGUGCGGCCUCGCCUACUCAGGGGCAAACGUUACAUUGCUAAGCGAGAUGCUGAAGUUCCCGCUGCUCCUCACCGCUAUCGGCUUCAUCAAGACGCCGAGCCAAGUGGUACCCACCAUUAAGACAGCCUUGACCCGAAACCCAUUAGCUAUGUGGUGGGUCGGCUUGCUCUAUGCAGCUCAGAAUCUCCUCUAUUUCGUUUGCCUUCAGUACUGCUCUGCGGCUACGUACCAGAUCCUCAGUCAGAGCAAGCUGAUUUUUACAGCGGGCUUUAUGUCACAAUUGCUCGGCAAGAGCUUCUCCAGCAUGCAGAUUGUCGCUCUGGGCCUUCUGCUCUUAGGCACACUCCUCACGCAGCUUGCGGAAGUCGCAGGCCCAGCAGUGCUGAGUGGCACGGCUCCGUGGUUGGGCGCGGGGCUGACGGUGCUUUCUGCGCUGCUCUCUGCGCUGCCCAAUGUCUUCUAUGAACGGCUCCUUAAGGAGGAUACUGAUGAGUGGGUCACGAAUCUUCAGCUGACCACAUGGAUUUGCCUAUGGGUCAUCAUCAUCAAAGCAGCAGGGAUGGUCUUCCUGGGCACCGGUCCUGGAAUUCCUACCUUCGCGGAAGCUACAGCUGGCUUCAACGCCUAUGUUUGGGUGAUCGUGGCAUUGAAGACGUUGAACUGCAUCAUCAUCCCUACCUGCUUGAAAUAUGCCGACAACAUAUUAUACGGCUAUGCCAAGCCCAUAUCCAUCGUGCUUACCUGUGCGGCCACAGCAGCAGCAACAGGCGCAACGCCUUCUCUGACAAUGGUGGCAGCCAUUGUUUGCGUAGUAGUUUCGAUUGUGGUAUACGGGAAGGGCUGA